AUGACCAAGAGAAUAUUGCACCAAGGGGAAGUUGAACUUCUCUUUGUUAAAUCAAAGACUUAUCUUCACCCUACCCCAUCGAAAAAAGACAAUGUUGUCGGAUUUUUAUCCCUCUCCCGACCACCUAGCUCAACCAACUUAGACGUUAUUUUGACAUUUACCCCUGAAUCACAAUUGAGUAAAGAGGAGAUCAAGAUAUACAAUGAAGUCGAUGUAGAAGAAGUUGAUCUCAAUUUGAGCGCAUUUAAAAAACACGGCAAGGCAAAGAGCGACAGGAUCGUAUCAAAACCAAGUGCCAGCGUACUCAGUUCGUAUGCAUUUACAACCACCCUUUCUUAUAUCUACAGCAUACAAUUUAGAAAUCCCAGUCAUGGGUACUACUAUGGGAGUAUCGUUAUCAACACGCAAGAUGGAGACAAAUUGCCCAUAGUGUUUUUCCAUGACGACGAAUCACCAUCGACGAUCAAGAAUCAAAAGCUUCAAAGCAAACAAUUUGACCCUUUUGCAGAUGGAGAGUUGUACUGGGGUGCCAUUGACUUUUUAAAAGUGUUGAAAAGUUUGGUGAAUAUUGAAAAAUCGACAAUUGAACCGACGGUGUACCUCAUUAAUCCACAAUCUGAAGACUUACGAAAUUUUGCACCUUUCAAAAAGAAGCAAGUGAAGGAGGAGCCACCAAGCGCGUUUCAACUUCCAGAUAUGAACAAAAUGUUCAACACGGCCAAGUGGAAGGUGUUGGAAACUGUGGCUACAUUCACAGCCAGGACCAAGAACCAAGUGAUUGACUUGAUUGAAGAGAAUGCACCACCGCAGGUAAAGCAGUUGAUGGUACAGCCUCAAGUGGCCAGACUUGGUGAUGAAUUUGACUCAGCUAGAAUGUAUCUUGCGAAGUGGGCUCAGCAGGUCAAAGAGGAUGCGGAGUCAUCAAAGUAUGUCACUGAUGACGAGAUCUAUGAGAGAAUAAGCCGUGAGUUAAACUCAAACAAAUUGUUGACACAAGAGGAAAUUAGUCGUACUUCAAGGAUGAAGCCUGUUGGUGUUCAAGAAUGGGAGGGAUUUUUUGACCAUACUGGACGGUUGAGCAUUACUGUAAAGGAGGUCAAGGAUAGAAUAUUUCACGGUGGACUAGAGGAUGAAGUUAGGAAAGAAGCGUGGUUGUUUUUGUUGAAGGUAUAUCCGUGGGACUCUUCUAGUGAGGAGAGAGAGGUGUUGCAAGAGUCCUUUACAUCGAGAUAUGACGAAUUGAAGCUCAAGUGGGUUGCCGAUGCCGAGAGACGAAACACCGAGUAUUUCAAGGAACAAAAGUUUAAGAUUGAAAAAGACGUGAACCGCACCGAUCGUGAUUUAGCCAUUUUCAAGAAUGUUGAUGGUGAAGAAGAAGAGCCAGAUGAUGAGUAUGAUGUGGCAAAUAUAACCAAUCCGAAUUUGUGCAAGUUGCGUGAAAUUUUGUUGACAUACAAUGAGUACAACACAGAGCUUGGAUAUGUUCAGGGGAUGAAUGAUGUGCUUUCCCCUUUGUAUGUUGUCUUGCAAGAUGAGGCAUUGUCAUUUUGGGCGUUUGUUCACUUGAUGGAUAGGUUAAAUGGCAAUUUCGAUUCUGAAUUGAGUGGAAUCAAGCUGCAGCUCACCAAGCUCAUGACAAUGACUCAGCUUGUUUUGCCCAACUUGUACAAACAUCUCAUAAAAUGUCAAAGUGAGGGACUAUACUUUUUCUUUAGGCAUAUAUUACUACAAUUUAAAAGGGAACUACGUUGGGAACAGGUGCUACAGUUGUGGGAAGUUAUCUGGACAGACUACUACACAGACGAUUUCCAAUUAUUUUUUGCUUUGGCGGUGAUGUCUGAUAACGAGAGGAUCAUCAUUGAGAAUAUCCUGCAACCGGAAGAAGUAUUAAAGUACUUUAAUGAUUUGCUGGGUCAUUUGGAUGUGAAUCGAUUGUUAGUCAGAGCGGAAAUCUUGUACAAGCUUUAUGACCGUAUGAAGUAUAUAGUUGAAUAG